UUCGUGAAACGACUUCGCUGUUUCAUCAAUCUUCUUACGAUGAACUUUCUUUGUUGAUAUUCUGAUGACGUUUUCUUAACAAUUGUUUUAUUUAAUUGUUUUAGUUUUCUUCUAAAUUGAUUCUAUUUUUAAUGUUCCGAUUUUCAUUUUAAAAUCUAUUGUAUUUUUUUUCUAAAAAUUUUUUUUUCUCUUCCAUUUUUGUUUAUUGUUAUUGUGUCCAAACCAUGGAUGUUGAAUCUGUGUUACAAUCUCUCAUCUCUUUGCCUCAAGGAGACAAUGUCAAUCUCACCUAUGUUUGGAUUGACGGAACAGGGGAGAGUUUGAGAUCGAAAUCACGAAGUUCCAAUAAAAUUCCAACAUCUCCUGGUGAUUGUCCAAUCUGGAACUUUGAUGGAUCAUCGACAGGUCAAGCUGAAACUUCCGCAUCUGAUGUUCUUUUGGUUCCUGUGACUCUUUACAAAGAUCCUUUUCUCCGAGGUGAUCAUAUGUUGGUUCUUUGUGAAUGUUUGAAUUACAAGCAACAAUCUGCUAAAGGAAAUUGCCGAAAUUCUUGUGCCCAAUCCAUGGCCAAAGUCGCAAAAGACGAACCAUGGUUUGCCUUUGAGCAAGAAUUUGUUGUCCUUGAUAAUAAAACUGAUCGACCACUUGGUUGGCCAGAACGAGGAUUAUCUGAUCCCCAUGGUCCAUCUUAUUGUGGUGCUAAUCUCGAUAAACGAGCUCGAGCUCUUAUUGAAGGCCACAGUUUCGCCUGUAGAUAUGCUGGUGUACCAAUUUCUGGUACCAAUGCUGAGGUUCUACUUGGUCAAUGGGAAUAUCAGGUUGGCCCAUCAACAGGCAUCAAGUUUGGUGACGAUGUUUGGAUUUCCAGGUACAUUUUGGAUCGAAUUGCUGAGAAAUUAGAUUUACGAAUUACCUUCGAUCCAAAACCAGUACCUGGUUACAAUGGAUCUGGUGCUCAUAUCAACUUCUCCACCAAGCAAACCCGUCAACCCGGUGGACUGAAAGUGAUUCAUGAAUACGUUGAGUCUCUUGCCAAAAAUCAUCAGAAACAUAUCGCUGUUUACGAUCCUCGAGGUGGUGCUGACAACGCUCGUCGUUUAAUUGGUACAAAUGAAACUUCAUCAAUUGACAAAUUUUCCUCUGGUAUUGGUGAUCGAACUGCUUCCGUUCGAAUCAACACUUCAGUCGCUGAAGCGAAUUGUGGUUAUCUUGAAGAUCGACGACCAGCAUCGAAUGCUGACCCCUACGCAGUGUCCGAAGCUCUGGUUCGAACUUGUUGUUUGAAAGAGUAAGAGAAGAAAAUGAAAACAAAAUGUAAACAAAAUUUGAGUUCGAAUUGAAAGAAAAACAACAAAAUCAACAAUCCAGUCUUUAAAUUUUAACCAAGUUUUAAUCGAAUCAAUUUAAUUUCUUGACAGUGUGAAAAAGUAAACAAAAUAAACUUUGCAAUGUAAAUUCAA